GUCAGCUGCUACCCCAAGGUUGCACGUGCAUUUUGACGCUCGCUGAAAUCAAGAUGGCAACCUCCGUGUUUCGGGGUUACCGGCUGGUCGGUAAACAUCGCUUUGCCUUCUGCUCCCGUCUGCUGGGUUCCAUAAGUUGGAGAGAUGCUGACAGGUUACACAAGAGUCAAACAGCAACACUGCAGGUGCGACAUGCCUCAGGUCGCAAAGGUUUCCUGGGAGAAUUUAUAGAUAACCUUCGACAGGAGUUUGGGAAGAAUCAGGAGAUGAAGGAGAACAUUAAAAAGUUCAGAGAGGAGGCCAAGAGGCUUGAGGAGUCUGAUGCCCUCCAACAGGCGAGGAGAAAAUAUAACUCGAUAGAGGCAGAGACGGUGAAGACAUAUGACGUAUUUAAAAAAACACUGGGCUCUUUAUCGGAAACAGUGAAAGACAGUCUUGAAAAGGAGGUGAGUCGCACAGACAUUGGGAAGAAAAUCAAGGAAGGUGUGGAGGAAGCCGCCCGCAGCGCCAUGCACUCCGCCGAGACCGUUUCCAAGGGAGGAGAACGAUUGGGCAAGACCAGCGCCUUCCAGGCCAUCUCACAGAGUGUCGAGUCCAUGAAGAAGGAAAUAGACGUUGGUGACGUUGGACCUUACAGAGCUCCCCCUCAGCUGAGGAAGAGGAGUGAUUUUUCUUCAAAGGGAGCUGAUAGUGACGCAAGAUUAUUUGAGGCCAAUGAGGAGGCUUUGGGAGUUGUUCUUCACAAGGACUCCAAAUGGUACCAGCAGUGGAAGGACUUCAAAGACAAUAACAUGGUUUUCAACAGAUUUUUUGAGAUGAAGAUGAAAUAUGACGAAAGUGAUAAUGUCCUUGUUCGAGCAUCCAGGGCUGUGACUGACCGAGUCACCACCGUCCUCGGUGGUCUUUUCUCCAAGACAGAGAUGUCUGAGGUGCUGACUGAGAUUGUGAAGGCAGACCCCAAAUUUGACAAAGACUCUUUUCUCAAACAGUGUGAAAAAGACAUCAUCCCAAACAUACUGGAGGCUAUGAUUCGUGGCGAGCUGGAUGUUUUGAAAGACUGGUGCUAUGAAGCGACAUACAGUCAGCUUGCCCAUCCCAUCCAACAAGCUCGAGCUUUGGGAUUGCUGUUCCAGUCUAAAAUCCUUGAUAUCGAUAAUAUUGAUUUGGCCAUGGGAAAGAUGAUGGACCAGGGCCCAGUGCUGAUCAUCACCUUCCAGGCCCAAGUUGUCAUGGUGCUAAGAAGCCCCAAAGGAGACAUCGUGGAAGGAGAUCCGGAGAAGGUAUUGAGGACAAUGUAUGUUUGGGCGCUGUGCCGCGACCAGGAGGAGCUGAACCCCAACGCAGCCUGGAGACUCCUCGAUAUCUCCGCCUCUAGCACUGAGCAGGUUCUCUAGGAGAAAAAGAAAGGGGGAAGGGUGAUAUCAGUGAAAAGACACAAACUGGAAGUAAGGGCAGAAGGAGUGACGUGAAGUCUGGAUUACUUGCAUGGACUCGCGCUUUAUUAAAGAGGGACAAAUCCAGGUGAAAUUUUGUGUAUCUCCUUUGCCAUCACAAUUAAGAAGCUUAAUGUGCAGGUUCAUGAAAACAGACGCACAACUUAGAAGAAGACAUCUUUGACUCCAUGGAAACUUAUUAAACAGCCUCUUAAGCUACAGUUUAACAAAGGAUGGCAACAA